AUGGGAUUAUUGAGCCGACUUCGCCAGCGGUCCAAAAGCCAGAGCCGUGCGGGGAACGGGGCCAGUAGUUACGACCACCUCCGCACCCGCGACGAGCUGCCUCCCCUGCCCUCUUACGCCAAAGACCUCACCAAACACCUGCCCAACCCCGUCCUCGCCCGAAUCUUCGCCUUUGUCUGUCCCCAUGCCGCCGACAGCUCCUACGACUCCUCCGAGGAGUCCAUGACCGAGGAUGGGUGCAUGCUCUGUGACAUGCGCGAUCUGGCGCACUGCACUCUGGUCUCCAAGCGCUGGUACCCUGUCGCUCGCUCAUUACUAUACUCACACGUCCGCAUUGACGCCGUCCACUACUGCGAACUCGAAGAGGAACUCGCCGCCAGACGCAAGCGCCGCUCAUUCUUGAACCGCAAUGCCGACCCCAUCGACGCCCCGCAGGUCCGCCUCUCUCUCUUCAUGCGAUCAGUUCGACUGUCGCGAGAGGCCGGCAACCUUGUCCUCUCCCUCCGCAUGCCAUACAUGACCCGCGAAGCAAACAAAGCCGAGAUUGCGCGCACCAUCUCCGUCCUCCCGAACCUGCGCUAUGUUGACCUUCCUUCUGGGAUCUACAGCGACGACCCCUCCUGCAUGACCCUGAAACAAGAGCUCAUGGCGCGCUGCCCGGACCUACGCCGCAUGAAAUACUGCGCCGGUGCAGAGGGGUCCUUCGCACAACUCCCCGACUCGAACCUCUGGACAAACCUCGAGAUCCUCGAGCUCUAUAACCUCCAACUCGAACCCGCAACCCUGCGCCUCUCCCUCUCAUCCUUCCCGCGCCUCCGCGACCUAACAAUUGACAAUGCUCCCCUCCUCGACGACUCAAUCUUCACCCCGAACCAAAUCCUACCCCCGUUCCCCGCAGUCCAGCGCCUCACCCUCCGCAACACACCCAACAUCACAACAAGCGGCCUAACAUCCCUCCUCUCGCACCCCCUCCCCGCCAAAAACCUUCUCCAGUUAACCCUAACAAACACUGGAAUCCCGCCGCCAACCCUACACAAAAUCCUCACCCUCGCAACCUCCCUCCUCAGCCUACAAAUAACCCAAGAAGUAACCCGCUCCUUCCCGCCCGAAAAAACCCCGCCACUCUCCUCACCAACCCUCCGCCUCCUCCACUACGAAAUUACCUCCACACCGGGCUCCUACGGCGUCGUCCCCAAAGCAGCCUCUUAUUACACAUACCUUAUCUCAACCCUCAUGUCCAACUCCCUCCCCUCCCUACAGGACCUCUACGUCCGCGACGCCGAUUUUCCCGAAGCCCUACUCAUCGCACCACCACCCCGCCUCUUCGGUGGCGGCGAAUCAGGUCCACAGUUCAUGGGCGGGGGUCUUGCGCGCCCGUUAAAUGUCUACAGUAAGGGUCUCGACGAGCUAGAGUGGAACUUCACGCCCUAUGAGCCGCUUGGGAGUAUGACGCGGGGCCGAAGGGAUAGCGUGACGAGGCCAGUGAGCUUUCAUGAUGCGUCGCUGGGGAGGAGCUGGGGUGGGGAUGCGAGGAAGAGUGUGCUUGUGGGAAAUGGGUUUGGGGGGUUCCUGGCUGUGCCAGCUGAUGAUGGGAACGCGAGGCCGAGGAGUAGUGGGGGGUGGAGGAGGGAUAGUCGCGGGGAUUUGUGGCGCUAG